CUGUUGGUGUCCCCGCCCCCGGUACUAAGCUGGUGAAGGUGAAGGUUAGCGCUCAGUGUCCCCGGAUCAGAGAUCAGUAUGGCGGCUUCUUCUAUCUUCUCCUCCGUCCCUCAGGCGCCGCCGGUCGCCGUCUUCAAGCUCACCGCUGACUUCCGAGCGGACAGCGACUCCCGCAAGGUCAACCUGGGAGUGGGAGCGUACCGUACGGAUGACUCCCAGCCCUGGGUCCUGCCGGUGGUGAAGAAGGUGGAGCAGAAGAUAGCCAGUGACCACUCGCUGAACCACGAGUACCUACCCAUCCUCGGACUCCCAGAAUUCCGCUCCAGCGCCUCCAGGAUCGCUCUGGGAGAGGACAGUCCGGCCUUUAAGGACGACAGGGUGGGUGGCGUGCAGUCUCUGGGUGGUACAGGAGCGCUACGCAUUGGAGCAGAGUUCUUGAGGCGCUGGUACAAUGGAACCAACAACACGGCGACCCCCAUCUACAUCUCCGCUCCCUCCUGGGAGAACCAUAACGCGGUGUUUAUUGAUGCUGGAUUUAAGGACAUCAGGGCGUACCGCUAUUGGGAUGCUGCUAAUCUGGGGCUGGACCUGAAGGGACUGUUGGAAGAUUUAGAGAAAGCUCCGGAGCACUCCAUCUUUGUCUUGCAUGCUUGUGCACACAAUCCUACAGGAACAGACCCCACCCAGGAGGAAUGGAAGCAGAUAGGCGACGUUAUGAAGAGGCGAUUCCUCUUCCCAUUCUUUGACUCGGCAUAUCAGGGAUUUGCCUCCGGAAAUCUGGACAAGGACGCCUGGGCCGUACGUUACUUCGUAUCUCAAGGAUUUGAGCUGUUCUGUGCUCAGUCCUUUUCCAAGAACUUUGGACUCUACAACGAAAGAGUCGGAAACUUGACGGUUGUUGGCAAAGACAGUGAUAACGUCAGCCGCGUCUUGUCUCAAAUGGAGAAGAUCGUGCGCACAACUUGGUCCAAUCCGCCAUCACAAGGAGCCCGCAUUGUCGCCACCACCCUGACCACCCCGGAGCUGUUUGAUGAAUGGAGGGACAAUGUGAAAACGAUGGCGGACCGCGUCCUGCUCAUGAGAGCUGAGCUGAAGUCCAGACUGGAGGCUCUCAAGACCCCGGGAACUUGGAAGCACAUCGUGGAGCAGAUUGGAAUGUUCAGCUUCACGGGUCUCAAUCCCAAGCAAGUUGAAUACCUCAUCAAAGAGAAGCACAUUUAUCUGAUGGCGAGCGGUCGCAUUAACAUGUGCGGUCUGACGACAAAGAACCUGGACUACGUAGCUCAGUCUAUAUAUGAAGCCGCCACCAAGAUUCACUAAAAACAUCCGGCAGUGUUAGAUCGGUGAUGUGAAAUGUCACUUUGUAUAGUCAUCCUUCUGUUUUUGUUUUUUUUGUUUUGUAUUUAAUUCUCACCAUGGCUUUAAUGGAACAAACUAUCUGGGGGGGG